AUCGUCUCAUCAUCUUGCGAGCUAACCAGGGAUGAGGCAGGCAAUCUCCACGUGCUAAGAAUUCACUCCCUGCUUCACACGCAUCGUGAGACGUCGCCUACCCAAAAUCGGCCUGGGAAAACUCGUAGCAAGCUAAGAUGAGACGAGCUUAACAAACUGGCUAAAAGAGUCUUCUCCGUUGUGCCUGGCGAUCUAAAACCCGAAGCCAUGGAUACAUCUUACUCCACUAUCAUGGUGAUCAUUUGUAUAAAUAAUAGUUCAUAUCAAUCUCUACAACCCAGCGCUUCAUCUGUAUCAUUCAGUUCUUGACGGACAUUUGUUUCAAUCUUCUCUUUAUAAUUUGCUUCUUCUUGGCUGGGCCAUAUCAUUUUCUUUACUAUCUCUAAUAACCUCUUUACCACCAACAAGUUACAUCUAUCCGUUCACUAUGAAGUUCAUCAACGUACUUUUUCUCGCUACUUCCGUGUCAGCUAUUGCUAUUGAUCGCAUGCAUGUCGGUUCUGCGAGAUCCACCGACCUAGAAGAGGCAUCAUCCUUACUAGCCAGACACGAUGCAGGCCGGCCAGCAAACAGCCAGGGUAACAUAAUUGGAAAUGGGAAAGCUAGCAAGGCAAAGCAAGGAGGCAACUCUAACGCAGGCGCCGCGACUGGCAAUGCAAAUAAUGGUGCUACUACUGGUGUCGCUACCGGCAAUACCCUCGUGCUAAAAGAAGUCAACGGCGUACCGGGCAACGAAUGUCUCACCUUCCGCAAUAAUGGUGAGAUUGUCGAUGCCGCUUGUGUCAAUACCGCAGCCGACCGACAGAUUACACCAACGACGCUAAACGGCAACUCCGUCCUAAGCGUACAGCGUAGCUUCACAGCUGGGUUCCGCCCGGACCUUGUCGGCGUUAAUGCCUGCGUCGGUUUUAACGGCACACACUUCCGAGCUGAGGACUGCGCCGCCUCAAACAUCGAGCUUGUGCAAUUUGACGGCACGGCACUACGGGCUCCCAGCGGCGCUUGUGCUCAGGGCCAUGACGGUGCCGCUCAGAUGGUUGUCGAUACCACAGGUGCUAGCUGCGCAACUUUCCAGAGCACAACUGUUACGCCCACGCCUCCGUAAAGGAUGGGGAGGAAAACCUGUUAGGCUAGCGAUAAUGUAAUUAGAUAUGGUGCUUAUUUAAUUAUGUUUUCUA